ACGCAACUUCUCUCUGAUUGGAUCAGAACAGAAAUCAAUGUUGGUAUCGUCUGUGGAUAAAAGUAAAACACGUAAAGCUGAUUAUAUUUCAUUUAAUUAUACAUUGAACACGAUAAAAAAAACAGUUAUCGACGCCUUCACCGUCGUGAGAACUCUUUAGGUUGAAGAUUACUGAAUACCUUGAUACCUGUAUAGUAUACUCCUUAUUGGUGUAUAUUGAGUUACUGAUCAGCAUACCAUUUCAAUAUGUCUGGUGAUAAGAAAGUAGUCUUAGUCACAGGUGGGUCUGGACUUGUGGGACAUGCCAUUCAGACUGUCAUUCAAAAAGAAGAGAGAGAUGAUGAAGACUGGAUUUUUGUUGGGUCCAAAGAUGCUGAUUUGAGUGAUUGUGCUCAGACUAAAGCCUUGUUUAAUAAAUAUCAUCCCACACAUGUGAUCCACCUGGCAGCUAUGGUUGGAGGGUUGUUCCACAACAUGUCACACAACCUGGACUUCCUGCGUAAGAAUAUCCACAUCAACGAUAGCGUGCUGCAAACAAGCUUUGAGACUGGAGUUGUGAAGGUUGUUUCUUGUUUGUCUACCUGCAUUUUCCCUGACAAGACCACAUAUCCCAUAGAUGAAACUAUGAUUCACCUAGGUCCUCCGCAUCCAUCCAACUUUGGCUACAGUUAUGCCAAGAGACUUGUUGAUAUCUCAAAUCGAGCUUACUAUGAGCAACAUGGCUGUUUGUUUACAUCUGUUAUUCCAUGCAAUGUAUUUGGACCACAUGAUAACUUCAGUCUGCAGUCGAGUCAUGUCAUCCCUGCACUUAUUAGAAAACUUCAUGAUGCUAUGGAGAGAGGGAUGUUAUCAGGGAGUCCAGAGGAAACUGUAUUCACAGUUCUUGGUACAGGUUGCCCAUUACGUCAGUUUAUCUACUCCUUGGAUCUUGCAAAAUUAAUUGUCUGGGUACUGCGGGAGUAUAACAGUGUUGACCCAAUCAUUCUGUCUGUUGAUGAAAAAGAUGAGGUAUCCAUACGUACAGUUGCAGAGAAUAUUGCCCAGGCUUUUGACUUCCAAGGUGAAAUUCAUUAUGACUCAACCCAUGCUGAUGGUCAGUUCAAGAAAACUGCAAGUAAUGCUAAACUGAGAAGCCUAAUACCUCAUUUCCAGUUCACACCAUUUGAACAGGCAGUGAAGGACACAGUGCAGUGGUUCAAACAGAACUGUCACAUAGCGAGAAAUGUGUGUGUUGCAGGAACUGAUUGUGUGAGUUCUGUCUGCUGUCUGUACACACAAAAACAAAUUCAUUGAUUGCAGCAGAAAUCUGUUGCAAGAAGAAAAUAGCAACAAGCAAAAGUGAAUCUAGGAAUUACUUAAUAAUUGAGUAUCAUUUUAUAUUGAAAUUUGUAUUUAUGUCAUUUACUUAUUUUUUCUGUUUUAUGUUCAUAUUACAUCAUUAGUUUGAAUAAAGUACAUUUGUUUUUAUUUACA